AAGGUAUCUGGUUGUGACGUAGCUUCCGGUUCCGAACGACAUUGACGUCACGUAAUGGUUGCCGGUUGUGAGUCCGACGCCGGAGUUUAUGUUUGUCGCUGGAAGAACAACAUACUUGAAUUGAGGACAUAAAUGCGGACCAAUAUAAACACCGCAGUCAGUCUGAGAAGGGGAAGUGUAAGACUUUGACUCAUAACUUCUCUUUUAGUCCCGCCGUGAUGCAUUCACUGUCUCAGGAGAUCCAAGGUUUCUCCAAAAGCCGCCUGAGGAAACAGUGCACACAUGUUACCACGGUAACAGGCAGGAAGAUGCUGGAGAGAAGGAGCGAUGGAGGACAGGUGGAGGAGCUGGAAGAGGGAAGUGGCUGUGGGUUUGUGCAAGACCUGAAUCUAGACCUUCAACUUGGUCUUGUCCGACCAUUCUUACUGCUGGGCUCUCAGGACGCGGCCCAGGACAUGGACCUGCUGCAGAAGUAUAAGGUGUCACAUGUUCUAAAUGUGGCGUAUGGCGUGGCCAACUUGUUCCCAGAUCAGUUGGUCUACAAGACGCUUCAGAUCCUGGACCUCCCAGACACAAACAUCACAUCUUAUCUCAGCCAGUGUAGCGUUUUUAUCCAUCAAGCCCGGGAAAAGCGCGGCGUGGUGUUGGUCCAUUGCAACGCCGGCGUGUCUCGAUCCUGCUCCAUCGUGAUUGGCUACUUGAUGUUGACGGAGGGGCUCCCAUUUGAUGAAGCGUAUCGUCAGGUGAAGCUGGCGAGGCCUUCGUGCCGACCCAACCCGGGCUUCUACCAGCAACUGCAGAGCUACACACCCGAGGAGCAAUCAGUCAAACUUUAUUGAUAUUCAAGUCAGUUAACUCAUAUUAUGAUUUCCAUAUGAAUGUUCAUAUUCAUCUCGGAGAAAGCAAACCAAGUUUAAUUCCAUCCAUCCAUUUUCAACGGCUUAUUCCCUUUUGGGGUUGCGGGGGGUGCUGGCGCCUAUCUCAGCUACAAUCGAGCGGAAGGCAGGUUACACUCUGGACAAGUCGCCACCUCAUCACAGGGCCAACACAGAUAGACAACAUUCACACACUAGGGACCAUUUAGUGUUGCCAAUCAACCUAUCCCCAGGUGCAUGUCUUUGGAGGUGGGAGGGGCCUAUCCCCAGGUGCAUGUCUUUGGAGGUGGGAGGGGCCUAUCCCCAGCUGCAUGUCUUUGGAGGUGGGAGGGGCCUAUCCCCAGCUGCAUGUCUUUGGAGGUGGGAGGGGCCUAUCCCCAGGUGCAUGUCUUUGGAGGUGGGAGGGGCCUAUCCCCAGGUGCAUGUCUUUGGAGGUGGGAGGGGCCUAUCCCCAGGUGCAUGUCUUUGGAGGUGGGAGGGGCCUAUCCCCAGGUGCAUGUCUUUGGAGGUGGGAGGGGCCUAUCCCCAGGUGCAUGUCUUUGGAGGUGGGAGGGGCCUAUCCCCAGGUGCAUGUCUUUGGAGGUGGGAGGGGCCUAUCCCCAGGUGCAUGUCUUUGGAGGUGGGAGGGGCCUAUCCCCAGGUGCAUGUCUUUGGAGGUGGGAGGGGCCUAUCCCCAGGUGCAUGUCUUUGGAGGUGGGAGGGGCCUAUCCCCAGGUGCAUGUCUUUGGAGGUGGGAGGGGCCUAUCCCCAGGUGCAUGCCUUUGGAGGUGGGAGGGGCCUAUCCCCAGGGGCAUGUCUUUGGAGGUGGGAGGGGUCUAUCCCCAGGUGCAUGUCUUUGGAGGUGGGAGGGGCCUAUCCCCAGGUGCAUGUCUUUGGAGGUGGGAGGAUGGUAUUUCAGUUUGAUAUUCGCAGGUGGAUUGAAUCACUUCUCAGAGGAAAGAGGCCCUAAUUGGGACUUUGGAAUUCAAAAGUGAUAGCCUUAUCCUUGAGAAGGGACUACAUGUUCAGCGUGAUGCCAACAUAUAAGUUAUGGCAAAAAGCAGUUGUUUUCCAGACACCACAUCACAGCUGACUCUUCUCACCCUGGACACAAACCAUUCUCCUCUCAGGCAGGAGACUACGGUCCAUCCAGACCCCCACCUCUUGCCACCUGAACAGUUUUUUCCCCUUCGGGAAUCAGGCACAUGAACAAUAAGAAGAUCUGAUAGCUCAGUUACAGCUCAUGUUAUUCUAUUCUGUGUUGUAUGUGUUCCAUGUUGCACCAUUGAGCCAAGUAAAAUUCCUAGUUUGUGAACCCCGUUCUCAAAUAUUGGCAAUGAAAACUUUCCUGAAACUCUACACACGAACAUCUCCUUUUAUGGUCGGGUUGUGCUCUCCCUACUUAGUACACACACACACACACACACACACACACACACACACACACACACACACACACACACACACACACACACACACACACACACACACACACACACACACACACACACACA